UGUGUAAUUUAUCAAAAUUAUACGUGUGUUUUUAAACUGAAUUUUUCAAGGGAACAUUGCCACUGCUUUACAUUCAACGGACCUUCAAGUGAACAAGAAAAUCAGAAACAACUACAGGACAUCAAAUUCUGUACAUAGUCGAAUGAAUUGAAUUGUCUCAGUUCAGUGUUACAUGAAGUAACUAUGGAAUGCAGUUUGGCUUGCCUUGAUGAUUUGAUUUUGACAGACAAACGCACGAAGUUGCAAUUAUAGCCUUUUCACUUAACAAUUCGUUAAAUUUGCAUGGAAUGUAAACAAAAGGCUCUUCGCACGUGAGUUUUUUGGAAAGCAUUUGUUUCUUUAACUGCCGAACAGCGACAUUGCUAGUAUGGCAGAGGAGGUGAGCUCAAUCGGAAACGAAAAAGCAACGAAGCCGGGGAAAGGCCGAAUUCAAGUGUCUUUGUUGGAUGAUACUGUGCUGGCCUUUGAUGUUGAGUCUAAAGCAAAGGGUGAACAGCUGUAUCAGAAAGUGAAUGGCCACCUUAAAGUAGAAGAAUCCGAUUAUUUUGGCCUACAGUAUUAUGACUCUGAAGGAAACCUGUGCUGGCUAGAUCCACAAAAAGCCAUAAACAAACAAGUGAAAGAGCCCUCAAAAGUGACAUUCAAAUUUCGUGUUAUGUUUUACACCCCAGACCCAAAUGCAUUACAAGAAUACACCAGAUAUCUUUUCACCUUGCAAAUUCGACGUGAUCUACUUGAUGGAAGGCUUCACUGUAGUGCGGAUACGGGAUCUCUACUCGCCUCAUACAUUGUUCAAGGAGAACUUGGUGACUUUGAACCCACAGUUCAUCAAGAUGGUUAUCUUUCUGGUUUUCAGUUCGUCCCAAAUCAGAGCCCCGACAUCGAAGACAAGAUUAUUGAAUACCACAUGACGCACAGGGGGAAAAGUCCAGCUGAGGCUGAUCGCAAUAUGCUGGAUGUGGCCAGAAAUUUAGAGAUGUAUGGAAUAACUUUGUACCCUGCUAAGGACAGGGAUGAUGUAGAUCUCAGCCUUUCUGUCUUCCACAUGGGCAUUUUGGUUUUUCAAAAUCAAUCAAGAAUCAAUAUGUUUUCCUGGGCAAAAAUUCGAAAACUUUCUUUCAAGAAAAAGAAGUUUGUCAUUAAACUUCAUCCAGGGGUUUACACGGCCGACGUAGUUGUAUUUCUAAUGCAAAGUAGAGAUGCUUGCAAGGGAUUCUGGAAAAUCUGCAUUGCACAUCAUGUGUUUUUCAGACAGAAAAAGGCCACCCAGAAACAUCGUAAAUCAUCAGUUUUGUCACGUGGCUCAAAGUACAGAUACAGUGGUAGAACGCAAAAACAGUUAGUGGAAGAAUCUCGCGAUACUUUCCGACCCACGGCUGAGCUUGAGAGAAACCGCACUUCAAGGAUUCAUCGUGGGAGCGAGGCUCAGACUCCAAUCGGCAGUGUCAACAGCAACGAAUUAACGAUUUUACCAACAACCUCGCCACAGUCAUACACAUCAUUCAAAUUGGACAAUUCUCCCCCAAAACACAACCAGAGCUCUUCAAGUUUCAAAAACUCUACCGAUGCUUCAGAAGAUGAAGGCAGCUUCGUUGUUGGAUCGCGUAAAUCAUCUCAGCAAUGGGAUAACUCUCAUGAUGCUGUCGAAACUCUAGCAGGCGCAGUUCAUCUCGAAUACGAUGCCAUUAGGAUACCGCAACAAGAUACAAAAGAGGACGAGCAAGAAGUUCUAGCUCAAAAUAGUGAUAAAGCAGAGAUUGAUGCAGAGGAACCAAAAGAUGAAAGAAGAAUCCGUUCAGAUAGCGAUACAGAAAUUGGACGACAAGUCCAAUCGAUCUACAGCCAGAUAGAGAAAGAGACGAGCUGGCAGUAUCAUUUAACACCAACUGACAUAGACGAUGGCGAAAUUGUCGAUACACAUCUUGAAAAUGACAUUAAUGAGCUUGUUAACGGAGAGAUUGAUCAGGUGGAUGGCGACACAAACCAUAUAGACCUUGAUCUGGGUUUCGGAGGGAAGCACCAAAUGACUAAUGGCGAUCUGAAUGCAAAUGAAGUUGAAGGAAUCACACUCGAGACUGAAGAUGUUUUGCUUCAAAGUAAAAUGAAAGAUUCUUUGGUGCAAGUGAUAUCCACUUCCAAUGGCACUGACAGCAAAGAAAGUGGCCAGGCAAUUUUGUCACAACAUAACGGUGAUAUGGAAAGUGACCCGGUUUCGAAAAACGAGGAUUCGUUUUCAGUCGAACGUAAGGAAAACGGGAAUGUUGAGCUUGAUAUGAAGAUACCGGAUACUUUAUUUCACAUGGUGAACGAAAUUCUCCUAACAGAGCGAACAUAUGUUAAAGACCUCGAAGUUUUAACAGUUUCCUUUAAAGAAGAAAUGACCGCAAACGGCCUCAUGCCAGAUUCACUGAUGGAUUUAUUUUUUGGAAAUAUCGACCCCCUUUAUGACUUUCAUUGCUCAUUUCUUGCUGAGUUGGAGGACAAAGUAUCAGUAUGGGAGGCAGAUCCUUCUGAUUCUAACAAUGUCAUGAAUAUCGGAGAAGUCCUGCACAGUAAUAUGAAGAACCUCAAGCUACUUGUCACUCACGUGAAGAAUUUGGAUGAGGUUCUUUUGAAUUUCCACAAAGAAAUCAUCAAGUCACCAAAACUCAGCGUAGCUUGCAAAGAAUUUGAGCUUGACAAAGUGUGCUAUCUUCCGCUCAAUACCUUUUUGUUAAAACCAACUCAAAGACUGCAGUACUACAAAGGAAUUUUUCCCAGGCUUUAUAAAGAAUGUCAGAAUGGGGAUGAAGUCAACUAUAGCUUGACAAAGGCGGCCUACUUGGAAGUUUCUGAUAUUUUAGAUUUAGUUUCUGACCACGUCACGAUGCUUGAAAAUCUUCACAAGCUAAUUGAACUUGACAGGGAUUUAAUUGACGUAGAAAAUAUCGUCCAUCCUUCAAGGGAAUUCAUUCGGGAAGGCUGCCUUUACAAAAUUUCUAGAAAAGACCCACAGCCAAGAAUGUUUUUCUUGUUUUCAGACACGCUAUUGUACACUACGAAAGGACUCACCCAGAAAAACCAGUUCCGCAUUCGGGCACACAUACCACUUCAUAGCAUUAAGAUUGAGGAGGGGGGAUUUUCAAUGCAUGGCUUAUUCACAUUCACCGUACACAGUUCUUCGGGAAAGCCAGUUCAUCUAGCUGCCACUUCUCACGAAGAGCGUUUGAAAUGGUUAGAGGAUUUGGCAACAGCUGUAAACAAGAUCAAAUCAAAGGCCCUUUGUUCGACUUGCAAUGCAAAGCAAAAUGGCGACUCCGAAGCAAAUGAUGAUAGCAGCUCUCCUUUCACUUGCUAUUCCUGCAAAGAUCAAUUAUCUGCUGCUAAUUACCCUACGACGAUCACAAUAAACAGUCGCUCGAAAGAUGGAGAAUCAGAAGACGAAGAGAUAUCAACAGCAGAGGACGUCUCCACACUAGAACGAAAUCAUUCACGUGCUAGAACUUUGUCCACGCGUCGGGUUUGCUGGCACAGGCAUACAAGCAUAGGCAUGAAUGAAUACAAAACCUCGAUUCAGAAUAACCUCAGUGGUGAACUGUUUACAAGGUUCGAAAGUCAAUCCAAAUGGCAACGCCUCUGGGUCGUGUUCACAAAUUUCUCAUUGUUCUUCUUCAGAUCUUGUGAGGAUGAUGAACCAGUUGCAAGUCUGCCUCUCAUUGGAUACACAGUCUCACGGCCAUCAAAGGAUGAUGGCAUUGAUGAUGCCUUCGCUUUCAAGUUGCAAUUUAAAGUUCAUGUAUAUUUCUUUCGAGCUGAAAAUCCAUAUGCUUUUAUAAGGUGGUUUGAAGUUUUGGAAUGUGCCACUAACACUGCCACACGGUGAAGAAUUUACUUCCAAUGUUCAAGUGAUUGAAACAGGUCAGUCACAUUGGAAUUUAGAAAAACGUUUUUAUCUGGACCUUUUCAUAAGCAGUCUCUUUAUACAUCAUUCUUUAUGUAUCCAUUUCAAAGCAUAAACUUUGUUAUAAAGAAUUUAUGAAAAAAUAAAAAGAAAGAAUGUUCUCUAAUUUGCACAGAGAAACAUAAUCCCAUUUGAUAACUUUGCACAACCAUAAUAGUGCUGCCAAUUGUAUGUAGAUUUAGUGACAUAUAUGUCACCACAGUUUUUAGCCUUUAUCGUAUAGUUUAUAAAGAUAGAAUUUUAGUAAAUAUUAUUUAACCCUCUGCACAAAAGUGUCACAUAAUCAACCUUUAAUCAUCUCUAUCAUUCACUAUGAAGAGAGUCAAAUAAAAAAAUAUUAUCUGCUUUUAUUAUGCUCUGCACAAAGAAUUAGUAAUCCUAAUUCUUUUUAAAAAAGAAAUGAAAUAAAAGAUUUACUAACUAUACUUGGGAUUAGGUUGCUAAAUUAAAUCUUAGAAUAUACGUAUUUACAAAGAAACAGAACAGCAACUAGAGGUGAAAGAUUUUUGCACAUUAAUGAUAUAUAGCAAAAACAGGGUCUGGUGCUUUUAGUCAACAUUUAUAUAGACAAUAAAUACACAAGCUUACAAUCUUUUAAAGAAUACAAGUAUAUUUAUAACAACUUGAGAUUAAUUAAAGCACUUGAGGUCUGUAAAAGCAUUUCAGUUUGAGUCAAGUAACGGUGGUUUUUUCAUGAAAAGCUUUUCUGGUGUAAGCAUGCAGACGAUUAAAAACAGAGGGUUAAUAUAGAAGUUAUUCAAAGUUCUUAGAAGGGAUUUUACUUUCUUUGGUUUUGUAUUUAAUGUAUGAAUAAUAUAGCUACAUUUUAAUUAUACAAUAGUCAUUUUGUGAAGUUUAAAUUUAAAGCUCAGUUUUACGUGAUUUGAUGUUAACAAAAAUAAGCUGGAUGUUCUGUCAUUCCAAGCAAAUUUUUAUUCAUAAAAUCUUUUUGAAACCGUUUUUAUUUGAAAACUUGCAGUUUAUAUA